AUGGAGGUCAGGGCUCCGGAAACCUCAGAGGAUGGGGACCCAGAGGAGGACACAGCCGCGGCCCUCCAGCGCCUGGUGGAGCUGACAGCCCCCAGGGUGUCCCCGGUGAGGAGCCUUUGCAUCCGGUACCGCCUUAUCCGAAAGCUGGGUUCCGGCUCAUACGGUCGCGUGCUGCUGGCGCAGCCUCGACACGGGGGCCCAGCUGUGGCACUCAAGCUCCUUCGUAGGGCCUCAGUCGCGAAAACCACCUUCCUGCGGGAGUUCUGCGUGGGCCGCUGUGUCUCCUCACAUCCUGGCUUGCUGCAGACCCUGGGGGCGCCACUGCAGACACCCCGAUAUUUUGCCUUUGCCCAGGAGUAUGCACCCUAUGGGGACCUCAGCAGGAUGCUUCAGGAAAAGAGCCUUCCGGAGCCGAUGGUGAAGAGGGUGGCAGCCCAGCUGGCUGCAGCGCUGGACUUCCUCCACGGCCGGGGGCUGGUGCACGCGGAUGUCAAACCGGACAACGUGCUGGUCUUUGACCCAGCCUGCAGCCGCGUGGCUCUGGGCGACCUAGGUCUGACCAGGCCAGAGGGCAGCCCCGCCCUGGCCCCACCCACGCCACUGCCCACCGCACCCCCUGAACUCUGCCUGCUGCUGCCACCAGACACACUGCCCCUGCGGCCCGCCGUGGAUGCCUGGGCCCUGGGGGUGCUUCUCUUCUGCGCCGCCACAGCCUGCUUCCCGUGGGAUGUGGCGCUGGCCCCUGACCCUGAGUUUGAGGCCUUUGCCCACUGGAUGACCACCCUGCCCCGGCCCCCACAGCCGCCACCCCCCUGGGACCAGUUCGCACCUCCGGCCUUGACUUUGUUCCAGGGGCUUCUGGAUCUGGACCCUGAGACCAGGAGCCCCCCAUUGGCCGUCCUGGAGGUCCUCGGGGAUGACUGGGGAUUGGAGGGGGGUGGAGGCAGACUUGGGGUCUUGGGGAAUGAGUGCUAUGAGGAGGAAGAAGAAGGAGGAUCAAGCUUGGAGGAGUGGACGGAGGAGGAGGAGGACAAGGAC